GGAUAGAAGUCGAAGAGACUCUUAAGUCAGAAAGAAACUUCCAAGGGUAGUUUGCCAAAGAAAAAAUGGGCACCAAGGGCAAAGUUAUUAAAUGCAAAGCAGCUGUUGCCCGGGAAGCAGGCAAGCCCCUCUGCAUAGAAGAGAUUGAGGUAGCUCCCCCCAAGGCUCAUGAAGUUCGCGUCCAGAUCAUCGCCACUGCCCUGUGCCACACUGAUGCCCAUCCUAUCAAUCCUAAAUUUAAAGAGGCCCUCUUCCCAGUGAUCCUUGGCCAUGAGGGUGCAGGAAUUGUGGAAAGUGUUGGGCCAGGAGUGACCAAUUUCAAACCAGGUGACAAAGUAAUUCCACUCUACAUGCCUCAAUGUAGAAAAUGCAAGCUCUGUCUGAGCCCACUCACAAAUUUCUGUACGAAACUCAGUCUAGUCAAAAAUCCUAUUGUUGAUCAAGAACUAAUGGAUGACAAAACCAGCAGGUUUACCUGCAAAGGAAAACCAAUUUACCAUUUCAUGGGGACCAGCACCUUCACUCAGUUCACCGUAGUGUCAGAUAUUAAUCUUGCCAAAAUUGAUGAUGAUGCAAAUUUAGAGAGAGUUUGUCUGUUUGGAUGCGGGUUUUCCACUGGCUAUGGAGCUGCAAUCAACACUGCCAAGGUGACCCCUGGUUCCACUUGUGCCAUCUUUGGCCUAGGAGGUGUUGGUCUUUCUGCUAUAAUGGGUUGUAAAGUAGCAGGAGCUUCCAGAAUCAUAGCUAUUGACAUCAACAGUGAGAAGUUCACAAAGGCCAAAGCCCUUGGAGUCACUGACUGCCUCAAUCCUAGAAACCUACAUAAACCAAUUCAGGAGGUCAUCAUUGAAAUGACCAAUGGAGGGGUGGAUUUUGCCCUUGACUGUGCAGGUGGACCUGAAGCCAUGAGAGCAGCCCUGGACUGUACAAGAGCAGGUGGGGGAACAUGUACUUUCAUUGGGGUAGACUCUGAAAUGAGAGGAUUGACUGUAUCUCCAGUGGAGCUCAUAAUGGGACGAACCAUAAAUGGAACAUGCUUUGGUGGUUGGAAAAGCAUCGAUUCUAUGCCAAAGCUGGUUACUGACUACAAGAAUAAGAAAUUUGAUCUGGAUAUAUUGGUGACCCAUACCCUACCUUUUGACAAAAUCAAUGAAGCAUUUGACCUAAUGAACCAAGGCAAAAGCAUUCGAAUAGUCCUGACCUUUUGAAGACAUGACGACCUAACUGGAAUACUAUCUGACUGAAUCUGAACCUGUCUGGUUAAUUACAUCCUAUAACAAUGAGCCAAGAAUUGCCAUGAAUUUAAACAACUAUUUACAGUAAACAUCUCGACAUCAAAUAGUUAUAAACAUUAUAGCAUUUGUAUCCAUAAAAUGAUUAAUAUAUCCUGCUGAGUAACUAUGUUAACUGAUGUGUUUAUGAAUAGAAUUAUAUGAUGAGAAUUGUUUAGAACCCAUUCUGGAGAGGUGGGAGUGGAGAAUGAAGGGUAAUAAGUAAAGCCAGAUUGGCUAUAUGUUUAUAAUUUUUAAGGUUGGGUGAUAAAUAUACAGGGUUCCAUUAUACUGCUCUCUGUAUUUUUGUAUAUGUUUAAAAUUUUCCAUAAUCAAAAAAAUUUUAGUAGAAAAAAUUACUGUUAUAUAUGUAUAUGUAAGAUACAUACUACAUUAAAAUAUGUCAUAUAUAUAAAUUACUGUCACAUAAUUUCUGGGUUUCAAUAAGCUACAAGUUAAUCUUCAACUAAAUAAUUUCCUUUUUAACACCUGUUAAUUUCCUUUCUCUUAGUCCUACUUUACCACCAUGAACUAUAAUCACAAGUAGUGUGAUAUCAAAAGCUGUAUAAAUGAAUAUAGAUAUAUUAAAAAUAAAGAUCUUUAAAAAGGAAAAACACA